AUGCCACCACGUGACCAAGUCUCUCGCGUCACAAAAAUGCUCGGAGACGAAUUCGGAACAGCUUCCAACAUCAAAAGCCGCGUAAACCGUCAAUCCGUUUUAGGCGCAAUCACCUCCGCCCAACAACGCCUCAAACUCUACAACAAAGUCCCUCCAAACGGCCUCGUUCUCUACACCGGAACCAUCGUCACCGACGACGGAAAAGAAAAAAAAGUCACCAUCGAUUUCGAACCCUUCCGCCCUAUCAACGCUUCCUUAUAUCUCUGCGACAACAAAUUCCACACCGAAGCCCUAAACGAACUUCUAGAAUCCGAUGACAAAUUCGGAUUCAUCGUCAUGGAUGGAAACGGAACACUCUUCGGAACUUUAAGCGGGAAUACACGCGAAGUGCUCCACAAAUUCAGCGUCGAUUUACCCAAAAAACACGGGAGGGGAGGUCAAUCGGCGUUGAGAUUCGCUCGUUUACGAAUGGAGAAACGACAUAACUAUGUGAGGAAAACCGCUGAGCUGGCGACGCAGUUUUAUAUAAACCCUUCGACUAGUCAACCGAAUGUUUCGGGUCUGAUACUUGCGGGAUCCGCGGACUUCAAAACGGAGCUUAGUCAAUCGGAUAUGUUUGACCCGCGUCUUCAAGCUAAGAUAUUGAAUGUCGUGGAUGUUUCUUAUGGAGGCGAAAACGGGUUCAAUCAAGCGAUUGAGUUGUCUGCUGAGAUUCUUGCGAAUGUUAAGUUUAUUCAGGAGAAACGGUUGAUUGGGAAGUAUUUUGAGGAAAUUAGUCAGGAUACUGGGAAGUACGUGUUUGGGGUGGAUGAUACGUUGAAGACACUUGAGAUGGGUGCUGUUGAUAUUCUCAUCGUUUGGGAGAAUCUUGAUAUCAACAGGUAUACUCUCAAGAAUACCACAACAGGUGAAGUAAUGAUAAAGCAUUUCAACAAAGAGCAAGAGAGUAAUCAAAAAAACUUCCGUGAUGCAACCACGAACGUCGAAUUAGAAGUUCAAGACAAGAUGUCUUUACUCGAGUGGUUUGCUAAUGAAUAUAGAAAAUUCGGUUGCACGCUUGAAUUUGUGACGAAUAAAUCGCAAGAAGGAUCACAAUUUUGCAGAGGGUUUGGUGGAAUUGGGGGAAUUUUACGCUACCAAUUGGACAUUCGCUCAUUCGAUGAGCUCUCAGAUGAUGAAUUAUACGAAGAUUCUGAAUAG